AUGUCGAAGCUGUCCGAGCCGCUGAAGGCCCUCAUCAACGCCGGCUUCGCCCGCCCAGGCCCUGCGCCCGCCCCGAAGGGCAUCCGCUCGCUGUUCGAACGCAUCGCGAAAGACUCGGCCGCGAAGAAUGUCGCGACACCGUGCUGGCUCACCAUCGCCACGGCCACUUCGAUGACCAUGAACUCGCCCGCCUCGAUGAAGGAGCUCUUCGACAUCGCCACCGCCUCCAAAGACCAGAAGGCCGCCGUCGACACGGCCGAGCUGAUGCGCGAAGUCGGCCUCAAGUGCAUCGGCUUCAACGGCAUCCCGCGCACAAUCAACUGCCUGGGCGCCUUCCGGGGCAGCCUACCCGAGAACGUCGUCCGCAGCCUGUCAACAACACCCACCAGAACACCCACCACCCAGAACCUCGAAUCCAUGCGCACGCGCGGCUUUGGCCUGUGGUCCGACAUCUACCGGCCGUUCGACGAGAAGCUGCUGGCCAAGCUGGCCGACUCGCACCCGGACCUGCCCGUGCACAUCAUCAACAGCCACUACUCGGCCCUCUUCACCGACCCGCCCGAGAAGGCCACGCCGCGCGUCGGCCGCACCUUGACGUCGCUGGUCGGCAUCUCGUGCCUGCGCGCCCAGACCGGCGUCGGUCCGCAGGUACUGUCGCACGUUUUCGGCCUGCGCAAGGCCUUUGACGAGGAAGGAAUCAAGACGAAUGUCGAGGCCGACAUCCCCGGCGCGCGCUGGCUGGCCAGCGAGGAAGGCAACUUUUGGAUACUGCAGACGGUGGAUGAGAUCGUGAGGGAGAUUGGGGCUGGUGAGGGGACGACGUACGCGCCGGGUCUGCGUGCGAAGUUGUAA